AUGGAUCAUCACAAUGAAGCAGUUUCUAUCAUUGCCUCAUCAGUCAAGCAAUUUUAUGAACGAAAAGAGGCAUUCAGGUUAUACCAUGGUUCAACGAACAGUACACGAGACUCUAACCGUCGUAGAGACCGUAUGGUUGAUACAAGCAAGCUAGAUCGGGUACUCAAGGUAGAUACCGAGAAAAGAACGGCUCUUGUUGAACCAAAUGUACCAAUGGAUAGCCUCGCCGCAGAAACUCUUCGUUAUGGCCUGGUUCCUCCAGUGGUUAUGGAAUUCCCGGGUAUCACGACUGGAGGAGGCUUUGCUGGUACUUCUGGAGAGAGUAGCUCUUUUAAAUAUGGCUUCUUUGAUCGCACUGUCAAUUGGAUCGAGAUGGUUCUUGCAAACGGCGAGAUCGUGUCAGCUUCCAAGGAUGUGAAUUCGGAUCUCUUCUAUGGUGCUGCAUCGUCUUUUGGGACAUUAGGAGUUACCACUUUGAUUGAGCUGCAGCUAAUCGAAGCCAAAACAUACGUUGAGUUGACAUAUAUAAAUAUACAAAGCAUGGCUCAAGGAAUACAAAAGAUCGAAGAAAUCUCCAAGGAUCCAAAUGUUGACUACCUCGAUGGAAUUUUGUUCAGGAAAGAGGCUGGUGUCAUCUGUUCCGGACGCUUGGUUGAUGAGAUUACCCCAAAUACCAAGGUUCAGCGUUUCACGAGAAAUUCAGAUCCUUGGUUCUAUCUCCAUGCAAAGAAACUGCAUGAUAAGAGCUCCGGAUCAGUCACAGAAAUGAUACCCCUUGUUGAUUACCUGUUUAGAUAUGACCGAGGCGGUUUCUGGGUUGCUAGAUAUGCCUAUAGAUACUUCAUUACCCCUUUCAACCGUAUCACGCGCCGUCUACUCGACUACUUCAUGCACACGCGAGUGAUGUAUCACGCAUUACAUCAAAGCGGGCUUUCAAAAAAGUAUAUAAUUCAGGAUGUGGCAAUUCCGUAUCCACGUAGCACCGACUUCGUCGAAUAUCUAGACAAAGAUUUCGGCCAGUGGCCCAUUUGGCUGUGUCCACUGCGUCAAAGCGGGAUAUCCAGCGACUCACCGCUUGGUCUUCUCGCGGAAAGGAAAGAGAAUUCAUCUACUCCUAAAAUGUUGCUCAAUUUUGGAGUCUGGGGACCAGGACCAAAUAAUCGUGAUGCUUUCAUAUCAUGGAACCAGAAAUUCGAACAUAAGGUUCGAGAAUUGGGUGGCCAGAAAUGGCUAUAUGCUCAUGCCUAUUAUACAGAAGAGGAAUUCGAUGAAAUUUAUAAUCGUAAGGAGUACGAUGCUCUUCGUGUCAAAUAUCAUGCCACACACCUUCCUAGUAUCUACGAUAAAGUCAAAGUUGAUGUAGAUUCGGAGCAAAAGAAAUUGCAGGCAUCGUGGAGUUUGUGGCUGCUGGCAAUCUUCUGGAGUAUAUGGCCAUUGAGCGGGCUAUAUGGAGUAUACAAGGCCUUUUUGGGUGGAGAUUACCUUUUGCCAAAAGUCCAGGUAUCAAGCAAAACACAAAAGUUCAAAAAAUAG